AUGACAAGCACUUGCAACUGUCACGUCAUGAUAACAGACAAGUUGGAGAACAUGACUUUCAGUCUCAAGAUCAUGAACAAAGAGGAGGUGAAAGUUGAUAGUAAGAAUGACAUAGCUGUCCUUCCAUACUCUAGCGGUACAACUGGGUUGCCUAAAGGUGUCAUGUUAAAAACAGUUGGUCCAAAUGUGGAAGGUGAAAUAAUGAUGGCUGGUCCCAAUAUAAUGUUAGGCUACCUUAAUCAUCCUACUGCUACAAAGGAAUCUAUUACAGAUGAUGGGUGGUUUCAUACUGGAGACAUAGGCUACUUUGAUGAUGAAGGUUAUUUUUAUAUCACUGAUCGACUAAAGGAACUCAUCAAGGUGAAGGUUUUACAGGUGGCACCUGCUGAGCUAGAAGCUUUACUACAACAUCAUCCUAAAAUAAUUGAUGCUGCUGUGAUUGGCAUUCCUGAUGGGAAAGACAAGGAAAGCUCCAAGGCAUUUGUGGUACGAGAUGACUCCUCUCUGACUGAGGAGGACAUUAUAAGCUAUGUCAAAGAGAGGGUUGCUGAGCAUAAAUGGUUGGUGGGUGGAGUAGAGUUCAUAGAUGCUGUUCCAAAGUCAGCAUCAGGCAAAAUUCUCCGACGUAACCUGAAGAAAUAA